GGGCGCGAGUGGCAGGAGACCCCCUCCCCCUUCCAGUGCUCCAUCGAGGACCCCACCAAGCAGACCAAGUUCAAGGGCAUGAAGAGCUACAUUGCCUACAAGCUGGUGCCCAGCCAUACCGGGCAGCAGGUGCACCGCCGCUAUAAGCACUUUGACUGGCUCUAUGGGCGCCUGGCUGAGAAGUUCCCUGUCAUCUCUGUGCCCCACUUGCCAGAGAAGCAAGCCACUGGCCGCUUUGAGGAGGACUUCAUCUCCAAACGUCGCAAAGGCCUGGCCUGGUGGAUGGACCACAUGUGCAGCCACCCCGUGCUGGCUCAGUGCGAUGCCUUCCAGCACUUCCUCACCUGUCCCAGCACGGAUGAGAAGGCCUGGAAACAAGGCAAGCGCAAGGCUGAAAAGGAUGAGAUGGUGGGUGCCAACUUUUUCCUGACCAUCAGUGUCCCCACGGGCCCUGGGGCCAGCCUGGACUUGCAGGAGGUGGAAAGCCAGGUGGAUGGCUUCAAAGCCUUCAUGAAGAAGAUGGAUGAGAGCGCCCUGCAGCUUAAUCACACAGCCAAUGAGUUUGCCCGCAAACAAGUCACUGGUUUCAAGAAGGAAUACCAGAAGGUGGGGCACUCCUUUAAGUGCCUUAGUCAGGCAUUUGAGCUGGACCAGCACGCCUUUUCGGCUGGCCUCAACCAAGCCAUAGCCUUCACUGCAGAAGCCUACGACGCCAUCGGGGACCUCUUUGCAGAUCAGCCCCGGCAGGACCUAGAUCCUGUGAUGGAUUUGUUAGCGCUGUAUCAGGGGCAUUUGGCCAACUUUCCAGACAUUAUCCACGUCCAGAAAGGAGCCCUUACCAAAGUAAAGGAGAGUAAGCGACAUGUGGAAGAGGGAAAGAUGGAGCUCCAAAAAGCUGAGGGCAUUCAAGAACGCUGUAACAUUAUAUCUUUUGCGACCCUAGCAGAAAUUAAUCAUUUCCACAAAAUUCGUGUGAGGGACUUUAAAUCACAGAUGCAGCAUUUCUUGCAACAGCAAAUACUCUUUUUCCAAAAAGUGACACAAAAGCUAGAAGAAGCUCUUCACAAGUAUGACAGUGUUUAAUCUCUGAACUUUGAUUUGUGGACUUCCCUCAGCAUGAACGUGACCCAGGCGGCAGAGCAGAUGCUGCUGCUGCUGAAGAACUUGCCAGUGGUAGACGGUGGUACAAGGAUGGUUUUGUGUUCGCCUGGAACCCCGGUUUAAUCUCCGAUUAUGUAGAAAGGAAACAGUUAUAGGGCUAUGUAGUAGAAACAGUACCACGCAUUGUAACUAAGUUAUACUGUGUAUGCCUACACUACCAUUGUAACUUUUUUGAAAUAAUGAGUAUACUAUUUGCCUUAUUGCUUUUUGAAAUAUGGUAUUUUAGUGCAUACUUUGUAGACCUCAAAACCCUUUGGGUCUUUAAGGAAGCUGGCUAGAUAAGAGCCUGCUUCAGAUGCCUUUUUACUUUCCUAGAUUUGGAUUUCCUAAAUUCAAGUGAUUCUCUGUUUACAGACUCCUACUAGAGCAGCUAUGUGAUUCUGUGCCUUUAGACUCUAUUUUUCCUUUUCUAGUAAGUCACAUUUUUAUGAUUGAA